AUGGCCCCGACGGAAAAGGAUGCUCCCUUCCGUGCCGUCGUUUUGGAGACCCCCAUGCCACCGUCGCCUGCGCCAUCCGAAGAUCGUACUCAGAGGCAGCAUCUAAGGGACUUCCCGCCGCUUCAACCGAGACGCCCGCUACGUACAAAAGGCGAGGUCCCACCGACACCUGUCCUAGGCCCUGCCCAAGAUCAAAACCCACAGGACGCGACGCCACAUCCAACGCCCGCUGCGUCCCCGGUUAGCCCAGACCCGGCCAGCGCUUCCACGGCCGAUGAUCAGCGUAUCUGCUGGGCGGACAGACGCCGACGACAGCGUGACGUCGACAUUAGUCACGCGGCCUCCUCAUCGUCUGCGAAUCCUCCUACCAUCGAGGAGUCUCCGUCUACAGACGACAGCGUGACGUCUAACGCUAGUCACGCGGCGUCCUCAUCGUCUGCGAAUCCUCCUACCAUCGAGGAGUCUUCGUCUACAGCUGACGGAACAGUCCACAUUGAAGACUCAGACAGCUCUUCAAGUGAGACGCCCCUGCGAAUUGACGAAGACGCUACUCCAAGCGACGUCAGCCGGGAAAGUGUCACGUUCUAG